CCAAUUGCCAUUGGCGACACUACUUGCCCCUGCGUACGAUGUCGUACUAACUACUACUUUUGUUGUUUUGUUGCUGUGUCUUAGAAGAUUAGUUAUCUCGAAAAGCUGUAUUUUUGAAAUGGUGAUUUGCCAAUUUUAUUUGCGUGUUAUUGAACACAUUAUUUGUUCUAUGUUGUCCUGAAUCAGAUUUUUCUACUUGAAGUCCGAGAAAUGAUGAUUCAAGAUGAUGAUGAUGGGUGAUCAGUUUCGAAAAGUGGACCAAUAUUCACCUAAAUCAUCACCUAGAGGGGCUAGGUCCCCUGUUGUUUCACGUCAAGAUUCUACAGGAACUCUCAAAACGACGAUCUCACUCGGGAAAAACCCCUCUAUCGUCCAUAGUGGACCCUUCUACUUAAUGAAAGAGCCCCCAGCUGAAAGUGAAUUAACGGGGGCUGUAAAUUUGAUGGCCUGUUAUGGCCUUGAACAUACAUAUAGUAAAUUUAGUGGCAAGAAAGUAAAAGAACAACUUUCAUCAUUCCUUCCAAAUCUUCCCGGAAUCAUAGAUACACCAGGUCAUCAGGAUAACAGCUCCCUGAGGUCAGUGAUAGAAAAGCCACCAAUCGGAGGCAAGGAACUUCUACCUCUGACAAGUGUACAGCUUGCAGGCUUCCGACUUCACCCUGGACCUCUUCCAGAACAGUAUCGCUAUGUUAGCCAGGCACCUGUCAAGAAACAUAGAUACAAACAUAAAAAACACAAGCACAAAGCCGGUGAGGUGGGGGUGGUGGGGGGAGAGACUGUUGUGGGAGAUGGGACAGGUGAAUCCCACGAGAAGAAGCAUAAGAAACAGAAAAGACAUGACGAGGAGAAAGAAAGAAAGAAAAGAAAAAAGGAGAAAAAGAGAAAAAAACAGAAACACAGUCCCGAGCACACCGGUGGAGGAAUGACUCCAAGUCAACAUGCCAAUGGUUGAGUUAACUGUUCGGUAUGUGUGGACCUUUGUGAUACUCGAUGCCUUCCUGUGAGCCACAAUGUUCACUUGGCAUGAAGCUGUUGUAAUUAUGUAAUUACACCUUAAAUUAUUGCUAUGUAACUUUUACUGUUGAUACCUACAUAUAUACAUACCUGAAAUAUAUACUAAAAUAACUGAAA